GACAUUUAUUUUUGUUUUAAGCAGAGAUAUUAUUAUAGCACAUAUAUGAAAUAAAGGAAAAAAGAGCAAAGGCAGCGAAGGUGCUGCUGCUUCUACUGCUUUAUAAUAUUAUCUGUAAUUGCAUCCGUGUUGUGCUAGUGGAUUUCUGUGCAACGGCUGCUUUUGAUUGUGUUAUUGAAGAAGUGAGGACUGAGAAACUAAGAUUAAGAAAAGGGGAGAUUUGGUUCAGUUCGAAGGGGAAGAAGAAGAAAUGGAUUGCAAUAACGAGGAAGAGCCUUGGAAUUGGCGUGGGGAGAAUUAUGGUACUCAAAAGAACUACAUUUUUGAUGCCUCCCAAGGUGCAUGCGCUCAAGUGACCUUGAAUGAGGAAGACCUUUCCUAUAUGUUUGAUGAAGCAACCCCUGUUAAGGAAUGUGGGAAUCUGCCACAUUAUGUUAAUGAUAAUAUGAGCAAGGAACCAGAGGAGAAGAGAGAGGCCUCUUCACAAGCUAAAAGGCGUAGAAUGCUUCAGUUUGACACUCAUGUAAUAGAUUCUUCCCUUGUCUGUGAAGAGAUGCCAUCUGCAUUCCUAAAAUCGAGGGAGAGGGAUGAUUCAACUGAAGAGGCUUUACUUGGUCCGUGCACAUCUCAGUGGAUUGCUGGAUUUUCAGAGGAUGCAUCAGCUUCCAGUUAUGAGGGCCUAGAUCAGUCGUGUGAAGGGUGGCUUGCCGAAUAUUUUAAUGAUGCAGAGAUGCUUCUUUGCUCUGAUGAUAUGAAUCCAAGUGGCGCUUCUGAUGUUCAAAUUGAUAUUUCAGAGUUGUGCAAUGCCCAGCCCGAGUCUCAGGUUGAUGCUGCUCAAAAGCAAGCGAUUCAAACUCCUCGAAAUGUUGUUUACAAAGGUAGGAAAUCUUUCAUACAUGCUGCCCCUAAGAUAGCGUCUUGCGUUGCCUACCCAUUUGAUUUCAUUAAACCCUGUGGCUUCCAUGGAGAUGUUACCCUGAAGGAUAUAAACCAGCGAAUCGGAACUCCACCGCCAUCAAAAUCAGAACAAAGUAAUGAAGAUCUUGCUGCUGCUUUCCCCACUUCUGCUUUUUCUGGGAAGCCUGUUGUCGGCAAAACUAAAAUUCGUACUGAAGGAGGAAAAGGCAGUAUUACCAUUAUGAGAACCAAAGGCUGACUAGAUAAGUGUUCUCGUGAACUCUCUUUUUAUGGCCCUUUGAUCUCCCCGUUAAUUAAACCCGGUGGUUGAGUUCCUCUGUAUUUUCCCCCGUAUGACUGGAAUAGAAUCCGAUGCUAUAUCUUUUUGUCGGAGGUCUUGGAAUUCAUAAUACACAUCAAACUGUUUACUCUUCCA